AUGAAGUUCAGCUGUCUGUCCUCCCGACAGCCUUCCAUGGGUUUCGUCUUAAACAGUGUCAAGAUCCUGGAAAUGUGGUGGCAGCCCAUCCUAUGCAGCCACUGGCACUGUAUCCUGGCAGCAGCCCACAUCGCACACCGGGACUGGGAGGACGCAUCCUGGCGGGAGCUGCUGGAGCAGAUGCUGGGGAUGAGACCCGCCCAGAUACAGGCCUUGCUGUGGGAUGGGGACAAGUUCAGCCAUGGAGUGAUCAUGGGUCUGGUGGACACUGGGGACACUUUGCUGUGCCCAGAAAACAUAGGUCAUGACGAGGUGAAGGAGCUGGAGAAUCAAGCCCUGCUACCAGCUCUGGGACAGAAGUACCUGACUGUGCUUACCAACCCCUGCUGGCUGCUUCAGCCCAUCCCGGGGUGGGCUGGAAAGGACAUGUUCCAGGUGGACAUCCCCGAGCACCUGAUCCCCUUUGGUCAGGAGGCCUGUCCAGACUGGGUUCUUAAGAGGAAGGUGACCAAGAGACCAGCUCAUGGUGACACUAUCCAGUUGCCACCAGGCCCUGGACGUGCCUGUCUGGUUGAGUCUGAAUCGGCCCCACCCUGGGGUGCACUGCCCACUUGGUAUGGGGUCUGGGGCCAGGACUUCCCUCAUGCCGUGCUGCUCUGGCCUCAGUGA